AUGGAUCAAGAUUUGGCGCCGUCUAGGGAAACAUCGCAAGAGGAGGAUCGAUUCUGGGUUGAUACUGAGCGCCAUUUCUUUGCAAAUCCUAAUCCAUCACUGCUUCUGUGUCUACGCAGCCAUGCUUGGCAUUGUCGUUACAUUGCACGUCAGUCCCGUGAGCUUUUGCGAGAACAUGAGGAAGCUUGUGCUGCGCAUUCUAGUACAAGUCGCGAUGCUAAGCGUGCGAAAAGCCAAAAAUCUGGGAAAUCUACGGCUCUUGCGCUGAAUGGUACAUCUAAAUUGGAAUCUGCAGAAUCGAAUGGCUCAGCAUCGGAUGAUACUGGUAUGUAUACGGUAAGGUUCCGUAUAAAGAAGAAAGGUGGUCCACUAUCUACUCCCGGUGCUAGUAACUUUGGUCCACAUCUACCGAUUGUUACUAGCAGCCUUAACGCAGACUUAGCGUCAUAUUUUGAUGACCGUGGAUUUUCUAUGACAAGACAGUCGCAUACGGCGGAGUACGAUGACGAUGUGUACUACAAUCCGGUGGUAAAUGCAAAGCACGACAAUAAAUUGAAACUUCCGUUUAUUCUUCCGUCUCAAGCCCCUGAUGGCAUUAGACUUGUGCUUUAUUGUCCCGAGACUGUUCGUCAUGAUGAUUCGGCUACUUCACGCCGUUGUGGAUUCAAGACUAGCAUGCUUAACGACAUACUUACUGCGGAUCAGGUACCGGAUAUAUUGUAUGGUCCUUCACCAGUGUGGUCGCACACUCUCCAGCCUAUUUUUAAGGGUGGAAAGGACAUUUGUCCGCCUUACAAGAAGUGCACUACACUAUUAAGGGAAAUUCACGGUCGAGUGGCCGACCCCGUAUGGGAGAGUCACAAUGACGUUUUGUCUAAGCCUGUAUCCGUUGUGAGUUCGCUUUUGCGAAGUCUAGGCUUGACCGAUGUAUCUCCACCAUGCAUGAUAGACUACAGCCCUAAGAUGUUCACUUUUGUCGAGGCAAAACCGCCGCCACUGUGCAGGCGUUGCCUGGGUAUCUCUAAGGUGGUCUGUCCAUUGUGUUUGAACGUGGAAAACACCAACAACAUCCCCGGUGUGUGUUUCAGCAAUCCAACAUCCGUCAACCAUAAAUACGAGUUUGUUUUUAAUGGGUUGGAUAUUUACAAGGCACGUACGGUUAUGGGUACUCAUGAAUUUUCUCAACCUUUAGAGGAUGAGAAGCACGAGUUACCUCCGUUUAAGCGUCCACGCGAUGACGAUAUAACAGCAGUUCUCAAGGAAUAUUUGGAUACCCUUGAAGAGAUCGAUAGUACAUUCAGUACCUUGGUUGAGCGUGUGCAGGCAGAGAAGAGGCCUAAUUUUGAUUAUUGGUCUCAGGUGGAAUCGCAGAUGAUAAAGUGUUAUAUUGAGCAGUAUAACAACAAGAUGAUGGACAACCGGUAUAACUAUAAUACCCAGCGUCAGAGCCUUGACGUCUUACGUAUCCGUCUAGUGUGCAACAAGAGUUCCAAUCUGCCUGCACAAUGGACUGACCAUGCUCUUUGUAGUAUCUGCGGCAGUGACGAGGACUGGGACGAUGACCCCAUUCUAUUUUGUGACUGUUGUUACAUCCCGAUGCAUUAUUGUUGCCUUGGUUAUAAACCUGGCACAAUGUCAGAGACGAUGAGGCAGAAUGUGCGGCGUCACAAACUGUUGCAUACAAAGGAGGACGAUGAACCUAGCAUCGAUGAGGACGAAUGGAUGUGUCCAUGUUGUCUAUUUCUUUUGGAUCAAUUGGCAUUUCUCGAUGAGAAUAUGGCCAUGAAGGCGAUUCGUAUUUCUGCGGGUCCUCGUAACAAGCAGAUGGUAGACCUUAUGCGUGAUAACCCCAACGCUGAUAAUAGCGAGAAUGUCGAGGUAUCUCGGUUGCCAUAUGUUGUUGGUUUUGAGUAUGACAACCCAAUGGAACGCAUUGACCUGUGCACGUUAUAUCGUCGUACCCCUGUCGUGCCGUUGGCUCCUCCCGCCAACACUGUAACUGACAAAUCAUCGGGUGACAAGUCUAAUGGCACUCCUGCUAACGCUGUCUCUGGUGCUAAGCCGGACCAGAAGGUCCAACCAGUUAAGGGUGACUCUGUUGCCCAUGGUAAAUUAAGCUUCACAGCAUUGGUUGAAUAUGGCAACAUCCCUACUACUGUAGCAGUAACAUUGCCAGAUGAAGAUAUUCAAUCACCUUUUGAGGUUGAUUUGGAGGGUUUUGAGAUGGAUGUUUUGGGUCGUACCAUCACUCAAUUUUGGUCUUUCAAGGGUAUGACAACAGCUCAAUUGGAAGUUGCGCAUGACAUUUUUGAUGAGAAUUUGGUGCAGCACAUGACCAAUGCCAAUUUGGAUGGUAUGUUGAAGCUGUUUAUGUUCUUACCUAAAGAAGAGGAGACUACGCAUCAUUUAAUCCAUCAAGAUCGCAUAUUGCAACGUCAAAAGUCACUACCACAGAAGCGUGGUCGUAAGCCUGUGGACGUGAAGAUCGAGCGUCCUCCUCAUGUUGUGGCUGCGAUAAAUGCUGAGGUGGUUCGGGGUCCUGAGACUGAGCUUAUUCGUGAAGAUAUGUUUACAUUAAACUGUAAGAAUCCUUUGAAGAAAUUGGUAAUAUGUGUACGCAUGGGUCGUAAUUUCUUCGUAAAUUUGAAGAUUCCGGUUUGUGUUUUUUGUGGAUUUGACGCUUACUACCCGGGUGGUGGUCCCAUGAAACGUACAUCUAAUCCCGGAACUUGGGCCCAUGUGCGUUGUGCUAUAGCUGUGGAUUGUACCAUCACGCCUAAAGAGAUUGACUACCGUACAUUUGUGCCUAAGAUCAAAGCUCUUAAAUGUUUGGUUUGUCAUAACAUGAGUACAGCGAUUGUCCAAUGUUCACAUGGUAACUGUUGCAAGGCGUUCCAUGUAUCUUGUGCCGCUGCAUCCUCAUGUUGUCUCUUUACCUGGGAUCAGAACGGCAAACCGGAUAUUUUAUGCCCGCAGCAUGCUUCUGGUUUGGCACCUACAGUAUUAUUACGUAAACUUCAGACAAAGGUACAAUACAAGAACUUUAGGAAGCUCAGUACCCAUGAGACUAAUUUGGACAGUGUCAAUCCCAAGGACGAUAUUUAUCUAACCCAUCUGUUCGAACCAAACUAUCGUUCAAUAGCAAAUGUGAUUGAGCGUAUAUUCGAUUUGAAGCCACGUAGUGGUUUUCCUAUCCCGUUAUACGGUGACGAGGUGGUGCGAAAGCCGCCUGUUGUUGAAAAGGACACUUCUGAGAAAGUGGUUCCUGAGAGUACGGAUGACAACUGUAAACCGGCCGAUACGAAGCCGACCGCUGCCCAGAAGGUGGAGGCCAAGCUUCCUUUGCGUGACAAGACUGGGAAGUUCAAAAUGUCUGAAAAGAGCAGGGAUGCCCGUAAAUCGAGUUCGACAUCUAGCACUGCUAAAACGGUGCCAGAGAAACAAAUUGAUGUGCCCGAGGUUCGAACAACCCGUAGCCGCAGUGCAUUGGCGCAAGGCACUGCAACUAUCCAAGAUAGUUCCAAGUAUGUUAGUACUCGUAAGACAGCGAACUCCAAUAAGGAUAGGUUGGCUAAGAAUGCAAAGGUUGUGGAACCUGUGGUAGAACCAACGGUGCAACCAAUACUAGAACCGAUUGUGGGAAAAGUUGUGGAACCAGUGGUUGAGCCAGUUUUUGAGGCAUCUUCUGUAGUUUCAAAAUCUGAUUCUGCGAAUGAUACGGACAUAUCUACUCCUAAGGAUAUUUCUGAAGCUGGUGGCUCCCAGAGUUCAAUGGAACUAGGUUCAGAUGCAAAACGUGAUUCCAUCGUCACCGAUGUUGUGCCAUCGGUAUACCCUAAGGAUCCAAAUGUAUGUCGUGUUACUAAUCUAGACAAGGAGCUAUGUUUCUGGUGUAACAUGGGUAACGAUGAUGAGGAUGAACAGGUCCACUACAAGGGCUUUUAUGACGACCGUUGUCCAACAUCUGAGCAUGUGGGUAGUUUGUUAUUCCCUGACUUCACAGCGGCAAAGACUAAGGGAUCUACUUUUAUGGAUGACAGCAAGGAGUCCACUCUGAGUUAUAUUGAAGGCGUUCCAGCGAUAGUUUUGAGUGACAUUUGCGCUUCUUCUCGUGCGGCAGAUGAAAAGAUGUUAUCCUUUAUAUCUGAUGAUUUUAUAGGAGGGCAACGUCUGAUUUCAGAAGUUAUAUCUAAAAGUUGUCGUUCAUCUUUGCUAGGCCUUACACGUCUUCUUAACAUUUUAUAUUUCAAAUCGAAAAAUGGUUCUGAGAUGUGUACUAUUUUUGUUAAUUUACUUCGUCAUAUGAAGACAAUACAAUUGGUGGAUGAUUCUCGUCGUAAUUGCGAGAUUGGCACAAAUCCAGUGGAGGAGGUGUUUACACCUUUGACACCAAUGUCUCCCGACUAUUCUGGAGUCCCACGUGGUGUCAACCCACCUGUGGAUCAUCGUAAGGAGUGUCGUAUGCGUGUGAUGGAUAUGCUUAAGGGUCUUAACCAGACUGUAUUAAUGCGUCUGGGCCCGGAAUUGCUGCCACUUUCAAUUACUAGGGUUGUAUGUUCAAAGUCUGGUACAGAGAACGUAACUAACAUAGAUGUGUCACGUCAUUUUGUGAUUUGUUCUGGAUGUCUAGAAUUUAAGGUACUUGAGCCUGAGGUUGAGGAAGAUAGUAGUGCGAUGCGUAAGCGUAUAAACUAUGCACAACAUUACAAAACAUGUCGUUUAUGCAAUGCACGCGCUUGUAGUGACUGCCUUUCUCAUAUGAAGAAUGCUCGCACGCGCAUCAAGGUGAACCAGACAACGGUGACUAUCCCACCAACUCCAACACCUACAGAUGCAUACAUGUCCGCUGCAACAUUGCUUUCUCAGCCUAUUUACAGUGGUCUCAACCCGCCUAUUUCUAGAAGUCUUCAGCCUAUGGCUGAUGAUGACCGUAUCGCUUCUGUGCGUAAUGCGAUGCUUUCUUUGCCAUUGAUGGCUCGUAGCCCUCUGCUUGAUCGUACUGGCGGUCAUCCUGGUCAUGGCUUGGGUAUUAGCACGCCUACUAAUUCGGAUUCACGUAUUGGAUCUAUGAUUGCGCCCGCUAUGUCUAGGGGUCCCUUGAACACACCUAGUCCGGUGCGAUGCAUGAUGCCUCCGCCACCGUUGGGUAGCCCUGUACCCAUGUGCAACAAUCUGCCUUUAUCGGUGCCGAAUAUGGGCACCCCUUUGUACAACGGGAACGGUGGGAAGACUAUGAACACAAUGUAUGAUCGCAAUAUACCUGGAAGCAUGUGCGGCGGACCGUUUGGUAAGACGGGUCCUAUGAUAAAGAGCCCACCUGUGAAAAACGGUCCUUAUUUGAACAAUCCUAGUGGCGGUAAUGUGAGCAAGGACCCUUCUCCUGUGAAUAAUUCUGUUCAAUGCGACAACACGACGAAUGCUGUUACAGGUGUACCAGUUCCAACGGAAUCCUCUGGCGAUGAUUCCGACGAUCGAUUUUUGUGUUGUCGUUGUGAGGAUAUGGAGAACGACAUUAACUUGCCAUUGUUAUGCUGUGCUUUGUGUUCCCGCUUCGAUGGUCUACUUGUGCCUGUAAGCCGGGAUAACCUCCCCUUCUAUCUCAACUGGAUAUCUGAGUACUGCGGUUAUGCUUAUGUGCAUCUGGUUUGCGUAGAUUGGUUGUCAUACUCUAAGGUUAUAGGAGCUUCGCUGCGCAAGUUCCCCAAGACUUUCUUCGAGUAUCCGUGCAACUAUUGUGGAGUGGGCUGUGGCGCUACCCUUACAUGUAGUAACAACUACUGUACCGUCCGCUUCCAUGCAUCCUGUGGUGCUUGGCUCGGAUGCAAAGCUGACAUGGGCAAGAAACCUGAGGGUGUUACAACAUCCCCUCGUCGUGUAUACUGUUUGCGUCAUACGUUCCUGCACAUCGUACGUAUGAGUCAAGUCGAGCGGAAGUUUAUGAUAGCUCCACCUCAUCUGUAUGAGAUGUUGUUUGCAACUAAGUAUCACCUUUCUGGAUUUUUUGGUGGUGUCUAUAUGUCUAGAUACUGUGUCCCUAGCAAGAUGCGUAACGAGGGACCUUUGCGUCCGGCAUUCAACCGACCACUAACUGCUCAAGCUUCAAGUGCCAAGCGACCUAAGCUACCAUGCAAGGUGGGAUCCUUCCCAAUGGGUAACCUGAAUGCUACUAUGAACAUGUUGAGCGGCAUCAAUUACAUGAGUUUAGGGCUGGUUCUAUCUAAAAGCAACUUUGGCCAGCCCGUAAACGAGUACAGUUUACUGCCUGACAACAUUGCACGAGAUCGAUUGAUUCAAGCACUUAACUGGACUGCGUAUAACGCAAUGAACGUGGUUGGUGGUCGUCGUGACAAGAAAGAGAUUCGAGCUAUUAUUCAGUUAAUAAAGGCUGGUCAAUUAAAGCCUAUCCAUGGUAGUAAGCGUGGUCGCAAGCCAAAGUCGUUGGACGGUUCCAAUUUCGACAAUCGCCAAAGAAUGCCUAUGGAGGACAUUUUGACCUAUUGUCAUUCUGGUCAAUUAGAUUCUGGGGAAUAUUUCUGCCCUGUAUGUUUUUCAAUCUACUUUGAGCGGAGCCCAGGUCUACCAGGUGACGAUUUACAUUGGAUUGGAUGUGCCGGGUGCGAACGUUGGUUCCACUUUGUCUGCGCUGGUGUUUGGGCAGAUGGCCAAGUGGACGCAAACUCGCCAAGUUGGUUCUGUUUAGCAUGUACACGUCAACGCUCAUACAAGGGAUCUAAAUGA